AUGGGCACGCGCGGGGUCCCCGCGCUGGUGGACACCACGCCCGCCAAGACCAUCCUGGUGUACCGCAACGGGGACCCGUUCUACGUGGGCCGCCGCGUGGUGCUGCCGCGCCGCCGCGCCGCCACCUUCGAGGCGCUGCUGGAGCAGCUGACGGAGCAGGUGCCGGUGCCGUUCGGGGUGCGGCGCCUCUUCACGCCGACGCGCGGGCGCCCGGUGCUCGAGCUGGCCGCCCUGCAGGCCGGCGGCAAGUACGUGGCGGCCGGCCGCGAGCGCUUCCAGAAGCUCGAUUAUAUUCAUAUAGUUCCCAGAAAACCUGCAAAGAUGAGAAAGUUGAAGGAAAUCAAACCAGUGGUACAUUGUGAUAUAAAGGUGCCUUCCAGGUGGCAAACAUAUCAUCGUACAUCCCGACAUAUACAUGUUUUCACAAAUGGAAGAUUAUUUAUUCCACCUACAAAAAUUAUUAUACCCAAAUUUAGUCUGACGGAAUGGAAUAGCGUGCUGGCCAUGAUUGGAGAAAAAGUCUUUCCUCUGGGAGGUGUUCGAAAAUUAUUUACAAUGAAUGGGCAUCUUUUGGACAACUCAAAGGAUCUGCAAGACCAGCAUUUUUACGUGGCGGCAGGACUGGAGUCCUUCAAGUAUUUCCCUUACUGGAAGUCCCCAAAUGUUCCCAGUGAGGUCCAACAAAAAUACGCGGACAUUGAGAAACACUCACGAAGAAAGAAAAAAGAGGAUUCCAAAGGAAAAGAACCUCCUAAACAUGACAACAUUCCACCUAGAGCUCAGGAUUCUGUUUUUUACGCCAAAGAAGGACAGAAGAAAACACUGGUAGAGCCUUUAAUCCAAGGUGGUGCAGAAGGUGACGUGUAUAAAGCCCAGACUCCUAACACGGAGACCCAAGGAGUGCCAGAAGUGACAGAGGACCAGUAUGUGCAGGUGGAAGUGCCUCUGGACCAGAGACCAGCUGAGAUAGUUAAAGAAGUUGAAGAGAUACACGAUGAUGCUCCUGAUUUUGAAAGCAACAAGGCUAAGGAUGAAUGUGUCAACCUGGUGAAGUCCCGGAAGGAGGAUGGACUCCUCCAUAGCCACAAGGCCUACAGCCCUGGGAAGGCGAGGCUCUGGCUGGGCAGCUGGCCUCAUGUGGCAGGCAAGGAUGUGUCCAUCUCCUUGAAAGCAGUAGCUUUGUCCUAA